AUGUUUUUCCUCACAAUUAUAUUGUUAAAAUGUGAUAUUGAAGCAAAUAAUUACAAAGAAAAUUCAAAUCUUGAUAUCAAUAGUAAAAUUUUUUUACUUUCAAAAGAAAAUUUUAGCAAGCCAGUCAAAAUUGAAGAAGAUUAUCUAAGGCGAUACGUGAAUGAAGAUCUUCUAACUUCUUUAGUUAAAGGAUUUCUUUUAGAAGAAGAAAAAGAAAGGUCUUAUGAAACAAAAGUCCUCCACUCAUCAGCAAUUUGACUUUCAGAUGAAAAAUUAUUUUUAGUAGCUCUCAGCAUUAGAACACCAAAUUUACUAAAUUAUAUUUAUAUCACUUUUUUUGAUUCUGAAUGAAACGAAAUCAAAAAGGAGUCCUUUAUUGGUGCCACAAAAAUUCCUGAUGCGCUUAAGAUCCCUACAUUAAAAUGGAAAAGUCUUGAAAGUGGAACAGUCUUUAAGGCCUUAGAGAGUGAAUAUUUUAUCUCAUUUAGCAUAAAAAAUGACGAUUUUAAUGUCUGAGAUCAUUUUAUCUACAGCUUCACAACUGGAAAAAUUAGAGAACUCUAUCACAACCGAAAAGAAAACAAUUUGUCACCUCUUAUUAUUGAUGAUUAUCACAUAUAUUUCUUAGCGAGCUAUAAUAAUCUCAAUAUCAUUGACUGUACAAGUGAAGAAAAUAUUUGCAACUCAUAUAUUGAUUAUUAUCAAACUAGCAAAAGCUCAAUAAGCAGUGGGACUGCUUUUCUACGAUAUAAAAACUCAAAUUAUUUCUUUUCUCUCUCUUUGAGUAGAGUUGACUAUGGAAAAGAUAAAAGCUGUGAUAUUGUAAUGCCAUCCUUAUCUGUUCUUCAAAUAUUGACUGAAAAUCCAUUUUUUAAGCUGAUUUAUUCGAGUGAGCCAAUUAUGAUUUGAAAUACUUUGCUUUUAAAUCCGAAUGCAGAUAAGUCUUCAAAGUUUGAUAAUAUAUUAUUAUGUGGAUCAAAAAUAAUACCAAAUUCUGUUACAAAGUGAGACGAAGAUGAAGACGAUAUUAUGGAAAUUAUAAUAAAUUCUGACAAAGACUCGCCAGUUGUUGUAAAAGUGGAAGGAUUUAAUGAUUUUUUGCAAAGUGUUAUUAGUCAAUAUGAGUCUAAAAGGGCAUUAAAAGAGACUGAAUUAGAAGAAAUGCCUACUUUAUCUAAUGAAAAUAAAGAAAAAGAAAAUGAAGCAAUUAAUAGCGAAAACAACAAGAGUUGCCCAGAUGAGAAGUAUUAUGAUGAAGACACCAAGGCCUGCAAAUGUAAGUUUCCAAUUAGCAUGCUUCAAGGGUUGCUUGAAAUGCAACUCUCUAUCCAACUGUCUGCAAUGCAAAGAUCUUUACGCAGUUGUAGACAACGGAAGAUGCAAAUGUGUCGAAGGCUAUCUAUCACAAUAUAACCCAGAUACACAUGAAUUCUCAUGCAAAUGUAAUGCCUAUCCAGGAUAUGAUAAACCAUUAGGAAGCGAAUCAGACUAUAGAGAUCUGCUCGAUAUCGAAUUCGGAUAUAAAAUAAGCCAGGAUUCUUUAUCAAUGAUUUUGGCAAAUAAAGAUAUCGAGAAAGGCUUUAUAGAAAACAAUUUUUGCGACUUCGAUAUAAGUAAAGAAAAAUCUCAAAAAAUCAAGUCAACAAUCGUCAAGAAUGGGAUAUCGGUAGAAAUUGAGAUAAAGGUUACUAAAAUUUAA